CCGACAUCAUGAAUAUGUACGUGAUCAUAAUUCAUAGAGGAUUAGGGGUUUACCUUUACCCCCAAAAUAAGAAAACAGACAAAUUACAGUGAAUUGUAACGCGGGUUUCCGUAUGGAACAUAGAAUAUGAAUUGAUGGUGUCUAGAUCUCAAAUAUAACCCUCAAGAUCAGAAGUUUAGCAUUCAUUCAAUCCGUAGGUUGCGUAAGUGUAGCAGCAGUAGGAACAAUAAUUAUGGAGCUGUUAAAGAAUUUGCCGCAGAUGGAUAUGAUGCGGUCGGAGAAGAUGACAUCGGUUCAGUUAAUCAUCCCCGUUGAGUCUGCUCACCGCGCCAUCUCUUAUCUCGGCGAACUCGGCCUUCUACAGUUCCGUGACUUGAAUGCUGAUAAAAGCCCCUUUCAGAGAAUAUUUGUAAAUCAGGUAAAAAGAUGUGCUGAGAUGUCAAGAAAGCUUCGUUUCUUCAAAGAUCAGAUACACAAGGCUGGUUUAUCAUCUUCAUCUCUUCCUACAAUACAACCAGAUAUUGAUCUUGAAAGAUUAGAGAUACAACUAGCUAAUUAUGAACAUGAGCUUCUUGAGAUGAAUGCCAACAGUGACCAACUACAACAAACAUAUAAUGAGCUUCUAGAGUUCAAGAUGGUGCUACAGAAGGCAGGAGGCUUUCUAGUUUCAAGUAAGAGUCAUGAAGUUAUGGAAGAGAGAGAAUUAGAUGAGAACGUGUUCUCCCAUGAUUAUCAAGAUUCAGUCUCCUUUCUUGAUCAAGAAAUGCAAUCAGGAUCAUCAAAUCCAUCAGGUCUUAGAUUUAUCAGUGGCAUUAUCGUAAAAUCCAAAAUGUUAUUAUUUGAGAGAACACUGUUUCGUGCUACAAGAGGAAAUAUGUUUUUCAAUCAAGCAGAUGCAGAUGAACCAAUCCUGGAUCCUGUAUCAACUGAAAUGGUGGAGAAGACUAUAUUUGUAGUGUACUUCUCAGGGGAGCAUUCAAGAACAAAAAUUCUGAAAAUCUGUGAAGCAUUUGAUGCAAACUGCUAUCCUGUUCCAGAAGACCUAACAAAACAGAGACAAAUAACUGAAGAGAUUUUGUCACGACUAUUGGAUCUAGAAACCACUUUAGAUGCUGGGAUUCGUCAUCGUAAUGCUGCUUUACAUUCUAUUGGAUUACACUUGUUGACAUGGAUGACCAUGGUUAAAAGAGAGAAAGCUGUUUUCGACACAUUGAAUAUGUUGGAUUUUGAUGUAACAAAAAAGUGUCUAGUUGGAGAAGGAUGGUGUCCAAUAUUUGCUAAGUCCCAGAUUCAGGAUGCAUUGCAACGUGCAACAUAUGAUAGCAACUCACAAGUUGGCAUAAUAUUUCAUGUAAUGGAAGCUGUGGAAUCACCUCCAACAUAUAUCAGAACUAACCAAUUUACAUACGCAUAUCAAGAGAUUAUUGAUGCAUAUGGGGUUGCUAAAUAUCAGGAAGCAAAUCCAACAGUUUUUACUGUAAUUACUUUUCCAUUUCUUUUUGCUGUCAUGUUUGGUGAUUGGGGUCAUGGAAUUUGCUUAUUGUUUGGAGCUUUAUUUCUCAUAACUCAUGAAACAAAGCUUACUUCUCAGAAACUUGGGAGUUUCAUGGAGAUGUUAUUUGGUGGGCGUUAUGUACUCCUUUUAAUGUCCAUAUUUUCCAUUUACUGUGGUUUAAUAUACAAUGAAUUCUUCUCUGUUCCUUUUCACAUAUUUGGGGCAUCUGCAUAUAAAUGUCGUGACACCUCAUGCAGUGAUGCAUAUACAACUGGUUUAAUCAAAUAUGGUGACACGUAUCAGUUUAUACCACAGAUGAUCUUCUUAAACAGCCUCUUUGGUCCCUUUGAUGAUCUUGGUGAGAAUGAGCUGUUUUGGGGACAAAAGCUGCUUCAGAUCAUGUUAUUGGUGUCAGCCAUUGUUGCAGUUCCAUGGAUGCUCUUCCCCAAACCUUUUAUUCUACAAAAACUUCAUUUUAAGAGAUUUCACGGGGGUUCAUACAACAUUCUAGAAGCUUCCGAGACAGAUAUGGAAGAUCAUGAACCAGAUUCAGCAAGAAGACAUCAUGUUGAAGAAUUUAAUUUCAGUGAGGUUUUUGUACAUCAAAUGAUACACUCCAUUGAAUUUGUACUUGGUUCAGUUUCCAACACAGCUUCAUACCUUCGGUUAUGGGCUUUAAGUUUGGCCCACUCAGAAUUGUCCACUGUAUUCUAUGAGAAAAUUCUCCUCCUUGCUUGGGGGUAUGAUAAUGUGAUUAUACGAAUGGUGGGGAUAGUGGUUUUUGCAUUUGCGACUGGAUUUAUACUACUGAUGAUGGAAACCCUAAGUGCCUUUCUUCAUGCAUUGAGGCUUCAUUGGGUGGAAUUCCAGAACAAAUUCUAUUCCGGAGAUGGUUUUAAGUUCAAACCGUUUUCGUUUGCAGGAAUAGCCGAUGCCGACGAUCGGUAGAAUCACUUCACUUGUUGGGUGAAGACGGAAUCCAAAUUUUGGGUAGGCUAUUAUAGAUAGAUGUGCAGCUCAGUCAGUGUUAAGAUAUAAUAUGAAUAUAGAGAGGUGUUAGAUGCAAAUAUUCAGAUAACUUUAUAGGUGAUGACAGGAUUUUGCAGGAAAAUGUUGGGGAUUCAGAAGUUUUUGGGUAAUAAAAUUAAAGGUGAUUACAUAUUUACAAUUGGCUUCUUUAAAAUUGUAUCUUAAUUCUUAUGAUUUUGGUGCA